CUAUCCGCCCUAUUUAGUCUCUGCUGCCAAUCGCCCCUUCAUCUCCUGUGGUGCCGCAGCCAGACGUCACACAAUUCUCCCCUUCCCCUCUCUUCCAAUGGAUGCCGACAAAGAAAUCGACCUCGAACUCUUCUCGAUCAUCCGCGUUUACAAGAGCGGCCGCAUCGAGCGCCUCGUCGGCACGGACACCGUCCCAGCCACCAUCGACCCCGGCACCGGCGUCACGUCCAAGGACAUCACCAUCGACCCCUCCACCGCCCUCUCCGCCCGCCUCUACCUCCCUAACCUGACCGACGAACCCAACAAGAAGCUUCCAGUCCUCGUCUACUACCACGGCGGCGGCUUCUGUUCUCAGUCCGCCUUCUCUUCCACCUACUUCCGCUUCAUCAACUCCCUCGUCGCCCAAUCCCGCCUCCUCCUCGUCUCCGUCGACUACCGCCUGGCCCCCGAGCACCCUCUCCCCAUUGCCCACGAUGACUCCUGGGCGGCGCUCCGAUGGGUGGCCUCCCACUCCGGCAGCGGCGGACCCGAUGCGUGGCUGGCCGAGCACGGCGACUUCCUCCGCGUCUUCCUGGCCGGCGACAGCGCCGGGGCCAACAUCGCCCACCACAUGGCUCUACGAGCCGGGGCGGAGGGGCUGGGACCGGGGAUAAGGAUCGAAGGGCUGAUAUUUCUCCAUCCGUACUUCUGGGGGAAGGAGCCGCUGGUAUCCGAGCCACCGAUUCCGGAAUUCAGGAGGGACCAGGAGUUGCUUUGGAGGUUGGUGUGCCCGGGGACGGCGAAGGGGCUUGACGACCCGCUGAUAAAUCCGCUGGCCGAGGGGGCGCCGGGGCUGGAGGGGCUGGCUGGGGAGAGGGCGCUGGUGUGCCUGGCGGAGGACGAGCUGAGGGAGAGGGGGAGGGCGUACUACGAGAGGUUGAAGGGGAGUGGGUGGAGAGGAGAGGUGGAGCUGUUUGAGUCGGAGGGGGAGUAUCAUGUGUUUCAUUUAUUUAAGCCUGACUGCCACCAAGCUUUGCUCCUGAUGCAGCGUGUUGUGGAGUUUUUGAAGUGCAAGGAUCAGCAAUCCUGAAGCUGGAAGAGAAAUGAAAUUAUCUCUGUUAUUUAAUGGAGCAAUUUACUGGUUUCCAUCUUGUUCUUGGCUUGUGUUUUAUUUCGGUUGAUAGAUCCAUUAUGGAGGAAUAAAACUUCAAUUUCUUGGAACCUGAGAUCUAUGUAGACUAGUUGUGACGAAUAAAUCGGACAGGAAUUAUAUGUUUUGU